CGAGGCUGGCCCGGCUGGACCUAUUCACUUGCCCAUUUCCAUCUGACAGCCUCUGCUUUUCACUGCCCUAAAAAGCGCAGCCAGAGAACCCCUCUUGAAAUGGACCAAUCAGCGGCCGGUAUGGCCAUGACUCCGGAAUGAUUUCAUCCGCUGUAUAAACCACGCCGGCAGUUCUGUGUUAUGCUUUACAGACUGACAGCGUGCCUGGCGAGAGAAGUUUCUAUUAAUACCAUCUGUGAAAUCGUGCCUGGUGCGACUAAUUAUCUCGGGAUCUAAUUCACGAUCAGCAUCCGCCCAUCACCUGCCCGUCCCUGCUUUCCAACACCAACCUGUCCGGCAACCACCAUCACCGCGGCAGCUAUCAACAUGGCCACUCGUCGGAUCGCAGAGAAAUCCUCCCCAAGGGAUGUUGCUACCCCUUCGGGCUCUGAGAAGCCCUCUGACUCAGAUGUGACCCCUGCAGUUCCCACAAACGUUAUUAUGAAGUUGCUGGGGUUCUCUGUAGCCAUGGUCGUCGUGCCUAUUGGCAGUUACUUUGUCAUGGUCGACUUUGGGGCAAGCGCCACUGUGGGCGGCAUCGUUGCUGCCGUUAUGGCGAACGUGGUCCUGGUCGCGUACAUCUAUGUUGCAUGGAAGGACGACCAGGCAGAGAGAGAAGCCGACGCAAAGCAAAAAGCGAAGAAAGCGCAGUAGAACCGGGACAUGGGCUAUUCCCCAGUCCUGUCGUUUCCACUUGCUUUCGAUACCUGUAUUUCACUUAUGGCGUUCAUGGACCGCUUUUCAUGCUACGUGCUUGUCAAAUAUCCGUUGAGAAUUAGGCCGAUAUAUGGGUUAUGUAUUCAGUGUAAGCUCGAAUCUGUCGCAGACUUUGAAUACAUUCCGUCAAAGACAUAUA